GAUACACGUUUUUACCUCUUACUUGACAAAGUCAGACGUAUUUAUAUACUUAAAUAUAAUAGGGUGGGAAAAAAUAUGUGGCGCAUAAAGAAUAUCUUCUUCCUUGCGGUCUUCUUCCUUUGUGUUUGCUUGCUUAAUGCUGAUCUUAUUGCUGCCAUUCACCAAAUUAACUGCACGCUAUGCACAAAUACGGGAUAUCCUUACCUCUGUCGUACACCCAUGGGUGGUGUCGCCUGUGCUUCUCACAUGGGUGAUACUAUCUGCUCUGCAGAGGAAGGUUGUGUGUGUUGUCGCUCCAUCCCUGGUAAAGGCUGUGAGAGGUGUGAUGUAGUCGACGAUGCGAUUGAAGACGACAUAGCGCUUUAGCCUCGAAGAGUAAGAAGGUGGAAGGGGGCGGCAGGGAGGGAACGAAAUGAUGGCCAUAUAAUAUAUAAGACCCUCGAAUCAAAGUGAGGCUGAGGGACCACUCGAAAUUUUCCACUUAUUUUAGUCUAAUCUCUAUGUAAACAAUCUCUGUUCGAGCUAUUUAAGUAGAUUUUCUCAACUCGUUAUUUAUUCUAAGCCUUUUCUUUAUUUAUCGUCUCUUGUGUCGUACUUGCAUUUUCAGGGUGCCAAAGUAUGGGCUGGAUGAAUGCCUAUGCAUGUUGGCAUAUAUAUUCAUCUGAUGUGUAAUAAGUACACCUAUCGUCAGAAAAAAAAA